GUACACCAUUGUACACGCCACGCGGCUGCACCAACUGCACGCUUAUGUAGCGUGAAAUUUGAGGUUAAAGGGAAAAAAAUUUUGUUUUGAAGAUGGUUCGUAAGAAAAUAGAUAAUCGUAUUCGCGUUUUAAUCGAAAAUGGUGUUAUUACGGGACAUAGAACAAUGUUCAUCGUUAUCGGCGAGAAAGCAAGAGACCAAGUUGUUUUACUGCAUCAUAUGUUGUCAAAAUCUGUGAUAAAAGCUAGACCUUCUGUACUUUGGUGUUACAAGAAGGAAUUAGGAUUUAGCAGUCACAGAAAGAAGCGAAUGAAAUCCUUACAAAGGAAAGUUAAGUCAGGAAAAUUAGAUGUCAAUGAGGAUGAUCCUUUCGAAUUAUUCGUUGUAUCUACUAAUAUACGUUACUGUUAUUAUCAUGAAACACACAAGAUAUUAGGAAACACGUAUGGCAUGUGUAUCUUACAAGAUUUUGAAGCAAUUACACCAAAUUUAUUAGCACGUACUAUUGAAACUGUUGAGGGUGGAGGAAUUAUUGUAUUUCUUUUACAAUCUGUGAAUUCGCUGAAACAACUGUAUACAAUGAAUAUGGAUGUCCAUCAAAGAUUCCGUACAGAAGCCCAUCAAGCUGUUGUUGGUCGCUUCAAUGAAAGAUUUUUAUUGUCUUUAGCUUCUUGUAAGAGAUGUUUAGUUGUUGAUGAUCAAUUAAAUAUAUUACCUCUCUCAUCACACAAUUUGAAAAUUGAAGCAGUACAAAAAUUAUCAUCAUCCGAAGAACAAUUAGAAUUAAAUGCAUUGAAAGAGAGUUUGCAAGAUACUCAACCUAUUUCUUCUCUUGUUAAUUGUUGUAAGACAAUUGAUCAGGCAAAAGCACUGUUAACAUUUAUCGAAUGUAUAUCAGAGAAAACAUUAAGAUCUACUGUUUCUUUAACUGCUGCUAGAGGACGUGGAAAAUCUGCAGCUUUAGGUUUAGCUGUUGCUGGUGCUGUAACAUUUGGUUAUUCAAAUAUUUAUAUUUCGAGUCCGAGUCCAGAGAAUUUAAAUACUUUAUUUGAGUUUGUUUUCAAAGGUUUCGACGCGCUAGGAUAUCAAGAGCAUCUUGACUAUGGUCUGGUGCAAUCUACAAACCCUGAAUUUAAUAAAGCUACUGUACGCGUAAAUGUCUUCCGAGACCACAGACAAACAAUUCAGUAUAUUCAUCCUACCGAUGCGCACAAAUUAAAUCAAGCUGAACUACUUGUAAUCGAUGAGGCUGCCGCGAUACCUCUGCCUUAUGUGAAAGCUAUGCUUGGUCCUUACUUAAUAUUUCUUGCGUCGACCAUCAAUGGAUACGAGGGAACAGGUAGAUCUUUAUCGUUGAAGCUAUUGCAACAAUUAAGAAGUCAAACUACCGGUUCAAACAAUCAUGAAAAACACGGUAAAAAUCAAACUGAAAAAACUGUCAUUGGAAGACAAUUACAGGAACUUACUCUUGACGAAUCUAUUCGAUAUAAACCGGGAGACUCUGUUGAGCAAUGGUUAUGCGAUUUAUUAUGUUUAAAUGCUACAACAAACACUCUUGUAUCUGGAUGCCCACCUCCUGACAUGUGUCAGUUAUAUUACAUAAAUAGAGACACACUAUUCUCUUACCAUAAAGCAUCAGAGUUAUUUUUACAAAAACUGGUGGCACUCUAUGUUGCUUCACAUUAUAAGAAUAGUCCAAACGAUUUACAAAUGAUGUCUGACGCACCAGCGCAUCAUCUAUUUUGUCUCUUGGGACCAGUAGAUUCGAAUAAGAAAACAUUACCAGAAAUAUUAGUAGUCAUUCAAAUUUGCUUAGAAGGUGAAGUGAGUAAGAACACUAUAAAUGAUGGACUCGUGCGAGGACGCAGAGCAGCUGGUGAUCUUAUACCGUGGACUAUUGCACAACAAUAUCAAGAUCAAGAUUUUCCCGCGUUAGCAGGGGCACGUAUUGUGCGUAUUGCAACACAUCCUGAUUAUCAUGGGAUGGGGUAUGGCAGUCGAGCAUUAGAAUUACUGAAGCAAUAUUACGAAAUGAAAAUACUUAACAUCAGCGAAGCAACAAUAGAACCAACCGUAACGGAAAUAUCUAGAGUUCGAGAUGAAGAAGUCAAUUUGUUGGAAGAAAGGAUUGAACCUCGAGCCUCUCUGCCACCGUUACUUUUAAAACUAAGCGAAAGACGUCCAGAAAGUUUAGAUUAUUUAGGUGUAUCUUUUGGCAUUACCGAACCUCUUUUAAAAUUCUGGAAACGAUCUGGUUUCUUGCCUGUAUAUUUAAGACAAACGGCAAAUGACAUAACGGGUGAACACUCGUGUAUAAUGCUGUAUAAAUUAGAGCAACAGGACGAUGUUAGGUGGUUAGAAUCAUACUGGAAUGAUUUUCGACGAAGAUUCAUAACCUUACUUUCCUUUUCAUUUAAUACAUAUUCAUCUUCGUUGGCUUUAGGCAUAUUAAUCAACAAAGCAAUUGCACCAGAAACUACGACACUGACAAAACAUGUAUUGGAUAUAUAUUUUACAUCGUACGAUCUAAAACGUUUAUCUAUGUAUAGUAAUAAUAUGGCAGAUUAUCAUUUAAUAAUGGAUCUAUUGCCACCGUUGGCGCGCUUAUAUUUUUUAAAUAUGAUGGGUGACGUUCAUUUAUCACCAGUACAAUCGGCCAUUUUAUUAGGAUUAGGCCUACAACACAAGAAUGUUGAUAAAUUAACGGAAGAACUGGAUUUGCCGUCAUCGCAACUGCUCGCUUUAUUUAAUCGUAUUAUACGUAAAUUUGUGCAAUAUCUUAACAAAAUUGCAGAGAACUUUAUUGAAAUUACAAUGAUAAAAAACGAAUCGAAUAAUGAAAAUGUUCAACUCAAUCCUAUUAAUGGACAAAGCUUGCACGACGAAUUAGAAACUGCUGCUAAGGAUCUAAAAGCUAAACAGAAAGCUGAAUUGGAUAAGUUAAAAAGGGAAAAUUUAGAGCAAUAUGCUAUCAAAGGCUCGGAAGCUGACUGGAAGGAUGCACUAUCUGGGAAAAAAAGUAAAAGUCUUAUAUCUGUAAAGAGUAGCGAAAAAAGAAUAUCAGAAGAUGACAGUGCCUUGGAACUUCAAAAGAAACCGUCGAAAAAGAGAAAAAGACAUUCUUUUAAAACUUGAACGACGUAAAAUAAGUGUAAACGCAACUAAUAAAACAAAUGAUGAAUC